AUGGGAAAGAUCAUUUUUUACGAGGACAGGAAUUUCCAAGGCCGUAAUUAUGAGUGUAGCAGUGACUGCACAGAUCUGCACUCCUAUUUCAGCCACUGCAACUCCAUCAGAGUGGAGAGUGGCUGCUUCAUGAUCUAUGAAAGGCCAAAUUACAUAGGUCACCAAUAUUUCAUGAAAAAAGGUGACUAUCCUGACUACCACAGUUGGAUGGGUGCCAGCAGCAGCAUCAGAUCCUGUCGCAUAAUUCCACCGUACAGGGGCUUAUACAGACUAAGACUCUAUGAAAAACCUGACUUCAUUGGUCACAUGAUGGAGUUCAUGGAUGAUUGUUCCUGUGUUUCGGACCGCUUCCAUCACCGGCAUGUUUACUCCUGUAAAGUGAUGAAUGGCUACUGGAUCUUCUAUGAGUAUCCCAAUUACAGAGGCAGACAGUACUUCCUGAAACCUGGAGAUUACAGGAGAUAUCGUGACUGGUGCGCUACUUGCUCCAUUGUAGGCUCUUUCAGGCGCAUCACUGAUUUUUAA